CAUCAUCAUCAUUCAUUGAUUAUGAUCAAAUUGAAAGCCGACAAAAUAUGACUAAAUGACGACAUUGAAAUUUUGUAACAGACCAAAAAAAUUGAUGAUUAAAAUCAAUUGAAAAACACACACAUACACACAAACAAGAAUCCCUCCCUCUCUUUAAUUGAUUCUUUUUCUUUUCAAAAUUUCAAAAUUCCAUCAUCAGCUUUCGUUUUGAUAAUAAACGAGGUUUUAAAAAAAGAUAGCUUUAUUGUUUUAAUCAUCAUCAUUGGAUUGGAUUAUUUGUGGUGUGUACCGUAACAGACGACGACAAUAAUUAAUGAUAAAUUGUUGAUAAUCACCAAACUGAAUUGGAUGAAAGAGAAUAAUAAUAAAAUACUGACGACGACGACGUGAUCAUUUGCCAUUCAAACCAACAACAACAACAACGACAACAACAAAUCAAGCGAAUCCAAAUGAUACCAAUUUAUUUCACUGAUAUGAUUUAAGAUUUAAGAUUUGAUGAUACACGUAUGUGUGUGUUUUGGGCAAAUAUAUUGAACCAGCCAAUAUACUGGCCAGCAGGGCCAUUUUUUCAAUUUUCAAUGUAAAAUCCCGCUUAACCCGGCGUUAAUUUUCUAUGAAUUUUGAUUGUGAAUCGAAAGCCAUGUCUUUCUGUAAAAUUUCCCUCCUAUUUCGAUGCAUUUGUCUGACGCCUACACAUUUCAAUGCAUUUUUCUGGAUGUCUGCCUCAAACACAUUUCUAUGCAUUUAUAAGCAAGCAUUUUAGUAUAUAGAAAUGAUGUAUGCACAGCAACAAACAAAUGGAAAAAAACCUCUUAUAAAUCCGGAAUCAUCAAAAGGUUUGACAUGGAAAAUGGGAUCAUUUUUUUUAUAUCUACAGUUUUCAAUCUUGAUCUAAAUGUGAUUGUUUUUUGCUUUUUGAAUGGUCAUCAAUCAAUCAAUAAGCUUCUUCCGAAUCCAUAUUUUUAUCAUGAUCAUCAUUGUGAAUUUCACCAUGUUUUAAUCUCUUUGACCUCUUGAAGAAAAAAUUUCAAAGAUUUAUUUAUGGAAUCAGUGCCGUAAAAGUCUCAAGAAAAUUGUCUCACAUCACAAUUGAUGAUUUGACGAUUGAACAAUAAUCCAGUGAAUCGGAAAAAAUUUCCAAAGAAUUUUUAUUUCAAUUUCAAUAGUUUUUAACUCCAUUGGUGCCCAUUCCGUUACCCGGGAUUCAUUGUGUGUUUGUAUUCAUUCACUCGUUUACUCAAUUCUUUCGAAUGGAAUAAAUUAAUUUGUGAUAAAAUUCAUCAUCAUCAUCAUUAAUAUAAUCAAUAAUAAUAAUCAUAAUUCGUUCAUAAUCAUUUAUUUUUUUUAAACAAAUUGAUCAAAAAAGAAAAAAUGCAUCGAUUAACAUUUGAACAGGAGAAAGAAUUGAUUGAUUAUUUUCGUAUUAAUCCAUCAUUAUGGAAUACAAAAGAUAAAGAUUAUAAUAAUCGUACAUUACGACAGGAAAAAUUGGAUCGUAUUGCUGAACUUUUGCAGUUAACACGUAAAGAUGUUUAUGAAAAAUAUCGCAAUUUACGUACAACAUUUUUUCGUGAACAUAAACGUGUUACAAGUUCACCAUCAUCAACCGGUGGUGGUAGUAGCGGCGGUGGUAACAAUGAUACUGCUACUGAUGCUGGUGGUGGUGGUGGUGGUAAUGGUGGUAAUUCAUCAUCAUCAAAUGGCGGUCCUCAACAUCAUCAACCAUAUGUAUCACGUUGGAGACAUUAUACAAAUAUGUUAUUCUUGGCCAAUAAUCAUCAUAAUAAUCAUAUUUUAUCCAAUGGUGAAAUGAUUAUACAAUCACAAAAUACCAUUUCAAAUACUGCUACGAAUACCACCACCGGAACUCGAUCUUUAUCGAUUAGUAGUGGUGGAAAUAGUAACCGUCCUAUUUUAAAUAAUAACGAUGAUUCCGAAUCAUUACAUAAUGGUCAUGAUAUUGAUUUUGUCGAUAUUAGUGGUGGUGGUGGCGGUAGUGGUGGCCAAAAUACUGCUACAAUUACGGCUAUUCAUGGUCAACAUCAUCAUCAAAAUGACCAACAACAACAACAUGAAGUUAUUAUUAUAAAUGCUCAAGAUGCACAUGCAGCAAUUAAUGGUGCCAAAUCGAUACAUUUACCACUUAGCAAUGUUGGAAUAAUUGGAACAUCGGCUAUUGCUCAACGUAUUCCGUGUACAGCAGUCACCAAUGGUUCAUCAACGGCUGCGAUGGGUACCGCCACCAUAUCAACAUUACAACCAACAACAUUUUCAGUGAUACAGGCUCCAUCGGUAGCCACAACGAUGACGACAACGCCUACAACCAACACCACUAUAGGUCAAACAAAUGUUGGUGGUAAUUUAACAACGAAUCGAUUAACAUUAGCAGCGACUGGUACGGCAAGUCAUUUGACAUCAUCAUCAACAACAGCAACAACACCAACACUGCAACAACAACAACAAACAAUAUUUCUUAAAAAUUCUGUUAUCGGUUUUCAACCAUUACCAUUAUUGACUGCAGCUGCUGCGACAAAUUCCAAUACAAUUCCCGGUAUCAGUGGCAGUGCGACGGCGGCAGCAGCAGUAACACCUGGAACACCAACAAUUGUUUUAACUUCAUUAGCAAAUGCUGUUCCAACAUUACAUUCACAUCAUAUCAAUAGCGGUAACAAUGGUGGUGGUAGCCAUCGUAAUCGUCAAUUAUCACUGGGUACAAUAAGUCCAAUACAAUCGCAACAACAACAACAACAAUUGGUCUCGUCGAUUCAGUCAUCAUCACCGCCUACAGCUCGUAAAAGUUCAUCAUCCUCAUCAACAACAACAGCGUUAAAUUAUUUUACACCAGCAACCAAAGAUCAUCAUCACUCCCAUCAUAAUCAACAACAUCGACAACAACAAAAUUCACCAUCAAGUUUCGAAUCAUCAAUUCUUCAGCUGAAUUCAACGCCUCAACAGCAACUAAAUUCAACAAUUCGACUAUCAUCAUCAUCAUCAUCAUCAUCAACAAUAAAUUCGAAAUUAAAUUUCAAUCAUCACCAAGAUCAAUCACAACAACAAACAUUUAUAUUUACAAAUGCUAGUGAUACACCAGUUCUAUUGAAUAAUAAUAAUGUUAUCGUGGCUGGUGGUGGCGGUGGUUCAUUAAAUUCAACAACAAUAACAUCAAGUAGUAACAACAGUAGCAGUAGCGGUAUUAGUAGUAUUGAUUCAUCAUCGACGACGAUAUCGGCGAAAACAAAGACGACAAGUACGCCAAUAAAAUCGACAAAAAUUUUAUUGGAUUAUGAUGAAAUGCGUAAUAUAAUACGAACCAUCGUUAAUGAAGCAAUCAUCGAGUAUGAAGAUGAAGAUAUGGCAUUCUGUCGCAGUUUAGCCGCAUCAUUACGUACGAUAGAUGAUCGUUUGAAAAAAGAUUUAACAAAAUUAGAAUUACAAAAAGUUAUUGUUCAUUUUACUAAUUCAAAUUUUAUACAACAACAACAAUCAUCAUCAAUGAACAUGAAUUCUAAUACAACAUCAUCAACGACCACGAAAUUAUCGACAUCGCCAACAACGGUAUCGACUUCGAUCAUGGCAACAGCAGCAACAGCAACAACAACAACAACAACGAAUGGUGAUAAUCAAAUGAAACAACAACAAUCAAAUGUAAUAGGAACGACGACGGCAUUGUCAUCAUCAUCAUCAUCGAAUACUGUCAGUACAAUUAUGACUGCCGGUUCUGUUUUACUUUCAAAUACUAAUAGUUCAAAUAUCGAUCAAAUUAAAUCAUCAUCAAUAAGCAAUAAUAAUAAAGAUGGUGAUGGUGAUGAUGACAAAGUAAUGAGAAAUGCUGAUAAUAAUUAUAACAAUAACAAUAAUGAUGAUGAUGAUUGUAACACUAUUGCUGAAAAUGGUGGUGGUGGUGAUCGUGGUAAUGACAACAAUGAUAUCAAGAAAUUGAAUGACAGUCAAAUGGAUACCGAUUGAUUGAUUAACGAAUUAUUUGGUUUUUUGAUUCUAUUAAAUGAAUGUGUGAUAUGUUUCAACAAAGAUCAAGAAAAGAAAGAGGAGAAGAAGAAUCACAUUGCAUUGUCAUCAUUACAUUUCUCAAUUAGAUUUACCAUCACAUCACAAUCAAUUUGACAAAACUUUUAUUUCAUUUGUGAAUCAAAUUGUGAAAAAUUUGAAUUUUUCUCUGGUAAACUUCUGUUCAACUCAUUUUUGAAAAAAACAUUCCGAAAAUUUUUUUUGUUAUUGAAAAUUUGUAUUUGUUUGUUUGUGAUGAUGAUGAUGAUGAACUGAAGGAAUAAAGUGUCCGCAAAUCAAUUGUUUCAUCGCCCAUUUCAAA